UGAACAAACAAAACAAGAACAGCUGAUUAAGCAACCAACAGCUAGCUUACAGUUGUAAACAACAGAAAACAGCUAAAUUAUUUUAACUGAUUGGACUAUAAAUAUUUUAAGAUGCCCGCCCACUGCGCCGUGAUAAAUUGUAGCCAUAAAUAUGUGCACGCGGGCAGCAUUUCAUUUCAUAGAUUUCCCUUCAAGCGGAAAGAUCUUCUACAGAAAUGGAAGGAAUUUACCCAGAGGAGUGGUCAGUGGAUGCCCUCAAAAUGGAGUGCGCUGUGCAGUCGGCAUUUUGUUGAUGAGGACUUUAAUUGCAGCCAUAAUCGGAAAACGCUGAAAAAGAAUGCUGUGCCAUCAAUUAGAGUUUCGGAAGAAGACUCCAUAAAUGGGCACCUGGAACAGUUGUCACCAAGCAAUAGGCCUACGCACAAGCAAACUCUCUCCAGAGCCGCCGAAUCGGCAGCAACAGGUGUAAAAGCCACCUGCCGCUUUUGUGGUUCGUCUGCCACCAAUUGCACCUCGUUUGACAAGAGUUUUGAGCUCUUUGGUAUGAUCCAGAAGUGCUUUCCUACGCUACAGAUUCUUCAAGACGACACCUUACCGAAGGAAAUAUGCCAGGAGUGCUGCGUGCAACUGGAGCGCUUUUCCCAGUUCAUCGAUGUGGUGAUGUUGGCGCAGAGUGAGUUGCAGAGAAAAUACCGCCGACAGCUGAAAAUCAAACAGGAACCCUUGGUUCGUGUGAAACAGGAGGCCUGCGAGAGUUUGGACAAUCUUUUUCCUGAUGAACUGGACAUGGGUUUGGAGCAGGACGAUGGCUGUGAUCAAGAAGAAACUGAACAAAAGUUUCAGUUCUGCGAUUUUCCUAUGCUAAAUUCCCAAGACAUUAUCAACAAUUGUGACAUCAUGGAAAUUAUCAAUCUAGAUGAUCCGUUUAUCAAUAUUCCAGACGAUGCUGAUGUGGGACAGUCGGAGAGAUUACAGCCUGGAAGAACAGCCAAUGAAAUGCUGCAAAAUGAACUGCUAACUGAAGAGCACAAUUAUGCAAAGGAGGAAUGGCAACUACCCCCGCAUCAGUACAAAACGGAAAAGGUGGAGGGAGCGGAUGCUGUACCAGACGCCGCUCCUCCGCCUGCUGACCCACCUCCUCUUCAGAAUAAUAUAGCUCCCUCAUCAGCUCCCGAGCCGCGCUCAUGCAAACCCAUUGUGACCAAUGUAAGCCAGAUACCCAACCCACUCAUGUGCGAACUGUUGCCACCGCCUGUUUCAUCCACGUCCGUCAAACCCAACAUUGUGGUGCUCAACGAUAGUGUGGUCGAGUCUUCAGCUGCUUUUCGGCUUCACAACUGCACCUUGUGCACUGCUAAAUUUAUAACAAUUGAUAGCUUAAAUCAGCAUUAUGCACACAGUCACGGUAAUUCCACUCCCAUGGUUAGUGUUCCUCCAAUGAAUAUAAGCCUGCCCAGCUUGACUAUAAACCCUCCAAUGAAACUAGAGAGCAACAGGGGAUUUGUGGCUACUGAACAAUUGGAAUACUGGCAGUCAGAGUGGCACAAUAGUCCUGUAUCCAAGCAACCUAGGAAAAAGAUUGAUAUACUGGACAUGCAGAGUAGCUUCCUGCAUCACAAAGACCUCAUACCGACAGCAACUCAACUGUCAGCACCCACACCUGAUCCUCAACUGGUUGCAGUGUCUGCUAGCUACGCUAAACUGGCUAAUAGGUAUCGUAAGUUGCAGCUGAAAUGCAAAAACAUGAAAACUCCAAGGAAGCUGCAUAGAAAAGCUUAUGCUUGCCGGAUGUGCAGGAAGCGAUUUUCCAGCCUCAAGAACUUACUCCACCAUCGUCGCCAGAAAUCACAUUUUGUAAAGUUAAUACCUAAUUUUUCAGGACGCUGUUGUGGUUGCCUGAAGUUCUUUCGAUCCCGCUUGGGUCUUCGCCAGCAUAUGCGAUACAUAUGUCAAUCGUUGUCGCUCAAAAACCAUCGGCGCCUCCAGAGCUUCAAGUGUCGCCACUGCCGGGCCAUUGCCUUUGCUCACUGGCGCCUGUAUCGUCGUCAUGAAGUAAAUUGCAGACCCAGAAAAUCGAAAACGAAGGUGCAGACUGCCUUGAAUUCAAAAAAGAAAGUUACGCCCGCCCAAAUAUUUGAGUGUAAUAUUUGUAAAAAAUCAUUUGGGUCACUCAACGGACUCCGCCAGCAUAAUAUUACCCACUCGACGGAACGGCAACACAAGUGCGGCAUCUGUGAGCGGGUCUUCAAGCGACGCAACGGACUCUCUCAACACAUCAAGGGAUACCACCUGCAGCUCAAGCCGCACGAGUGUCCUGCCUGCCAGCGUCGUUACGCCCUGAAAUGCGAUAUGCUGAGAUGCAGGCAUUCCCUCCGCAAAGGUCCAGCUGCCGGGGAGUGACUGGAAGCCCUGGAGAUGACUCACAAUUCGACAAAGAAAUGGUCUCCCUAGUAAAAGUGUUUACUUAAGCAAAUGCUAUGAUCUUUGAGGUAAAACCAAUUUGUUGUUCUAAAACAAAGUGCGAUAACAUGCCACUACAAUUUUAAUUCGUCAGGAAUCUGAUCUGGAUCUUUAUGUCAGCACUAAACUUAAAGGUACUCCAUGGGGCACUCAGUUGGUGGCCUUCCAAUAAAGCACGCAACGUGAUGAAGGGUUCCCAGCGGGAAGGAAAUUGGUGCUAGUCAAGGUUACUUGUAUUAAGUAAUUUCACUUAAUUAAACUACCGCUUCACUGAGCAGGAACAAGGUUUCGCAGUUUUUAACAAAAUUUUUGAAGAGGUUGGAGAUAAAUAAAUGCGAUUUUAUUUAUUUUGUAUUAUAUACAUUUAUUUAUUUAAAUUGCAGUAUAAGUUUGUAGUAAACGCUCUCUAAAAGUACGUGUAUUUUCUUGUGUAUUCGUAUUUACCGUAUUAGUAUUGCUUAAAACGCUAACUGUAAACGUGAAAUACUGAAUCGAAACAUAGUGUUUUACUUUAGAUUUAUGCAACAGAAACUAAGAUUGACUGCCAACAUAGGAUUAGUAUGUACAAUGAAAGUUGAAUUUCCCAAAUUGAUUUGCUUAACAUAAUUAUCAAUUUUAUUAACACAACUAAAACGAAGAACAUAAAAAUGGCACUAAAAGUACAAAAUCAUAAAUUAAAAAGCAUACACAUGGAUAGCCAUGAAAGAUUAACGUAAUUUAACAAAGAAAUUUUGCGCAACACCAAACAAUAAAGUAGUUCUUAAUAUAAAACAUUUAAAACUUAACUAUAGAUUAACUAUAAAUACGCUUUUGGUAUGAUCGUUAUUUAUGUACGUAUGUAUGCAUAUGUGAGUGGCUAGAGUGGCUCAGUUUGGUUGGUUUUAAAAAAAUAUAUUUUAGAAAUUGAACAUUAUGUUUGGAUACUUGAUAAGUUGUUAUGUGAACUUCAAAGAGCCAAAACAUAAUUUCGUUUGUCAAAGAUAACAUUCAAUUUCCGAGAUGUUUUUGCCAGCAAAUCGAGUUUAUAUAUGUAUGGGACGAUAAGUUUGAAUAUAAUUAGUGUAUGUGAUGCUUGAAAAA